AUGUGCCUGAUGUCCUUUUCACUUGCUCUGGUCGUUUUAGGCUUUCAACUUGAUAGCUCUUGUAAUGUGCAAAUUUCUCAUGAAUUCUUCUUCUUCUUCUUCCUUUUAUAAGAUGGAGUUUUGCUGGCUGUUCAGAAAUAUACCAACAUUGACUAUGUUUUCGAGGUCAACGCCUCCCUCCAGGUAGGCAAAGCAGUGACUGUUGCCUUCAUUUAAACCUCGAAUUCAGACUUACAUCUGUUUCUUUUUCUUUCGUUUACGUAGUUCAAUUUUUCCGAAUCAGGAUUUAUACAGGGAACAGCACAACUUCCAUGCCAACGUCCGACCAAAUGUGUUGAGUUUUAUCCAGGUGAGUUGUUGAGUCAUUUCAAUUGCUCUCUUCAUGUUCGCUUACUGAGGCCACACACAUUUGCAUCGCAAGUGAUUUGUAUUUCAAUGUUUUUUAUAAAAUCUAUGGGCCUGUAUACAUGUCAGCAGAAUGCGACUUAUUCUAAAUACAAUACAAUACAAUACACUUGCGUUUAUGGCACAAAAAUGCCGUGUUUGAUAGCAAGGAGUUUAUCUGCUUGAAUAAUAACUACAGUUUUGGCGGAUCCUAUUAGCCAAUUUGAGUAGGAAUUAAUAGUAAGGCCAUAAUGAAACAUGAUCGUUUUUUGUACAGAUCGAAUCUUCGAAAUCAAGACUUGUGCGGUGAACAGUGUAACGCCCAUCCCAACCUCUGUCUAA